CUCUUCAUGUGUAUAUAUAUAUAUAUGGGCCACUUCCUCUAAAAUAAUACACUUCAAGAUGGGAUUGGUUUUGUUCCUUAUUUUCUUUCUCUUUCUUCUCACAACAGUGUCUGCCAUUAAAGACAAUACCCUCAGCUCAUGUACUUCUAUAUUGCAAGAUGAAAAACACCCAUCCAACGGUUCUGGCAUACACCUUACCUUACACCAUAUUCACAGCCCAUGCUCACCUGUAACCUCCCCACACCUGCCACUCAUCGAUCUCCUCAACCUCGACGAAACUCGCUCCCAAUCCCUAAACAACAUCCUAACAAAACCCAAUAUCACCACACCCUCCAUUUCAAAAUCCACCAAUCUCAUACCAGAAUCUAUCGGCAUUCCACUAAAUCCAGGCCAGUCGAUUGGAGUCGGUAACUACGUAAUCAAGCUGGGUCUAGGCACUCCACCUAAAUACUUCUCUGUAAUAAUGGACACAGGCAGCUCAUUCAACUGGGUCCAAUGCGACCCAUGUGUAGUAUACUGCCACCCUCAGGUGGGCCCCAGAUUCAAUCCAUCUACAUCGUCCACGUAUAAAAAACUAUCAUGCAACACGCCAGAUUGCUCUGCACUAGAAGCUGCUACUCUCAAUCCUUCUGCAUGCACACGUUCAAAUAUCUGUAUAUACCAAUCAUCCUACGGUGAUGGAUCCUUCUCCGUUGGAUAUCUUAGCAGUGAGACAUUGACUGUGGGCCCAUCUCAGACGUUGCCUGGCUUUAUUUAUGGGUGUGGCCAAGAUAAUAAAGGUCUUUUCGGUCGAUCGGCUGGGAUCUUUGGUCUGGCUCGUAGUAGGCUCUCUCUAGUAUCACAACUAUCAGCAAAAUACGGUUACGUAUUUUCAUACUGUCUACCUACACCGUCUUCUAUUGGUACAUUAUCAAUUGGUCAAAGUACGUAUAAUCCCUCCAUCUACAAGUUCACACGUAUGUAUUCUGAUCAACGAGCACCGUCUUUGUAUUUUCUACGUAUAAGCAGCAUAACCGUAUCUGGAAAGGCUCUACCAUUAUCCGUAGCUGUGUAUACACGUACACCUACGAUUAUAGACUCUGGGACUGUAAUUACGCGCCUUCCAUCAGCUGUCUACGUGCCGUUGCGAACGGCCUUCGUGAAGGCUAUGGCAGGAUAUAAGCGGGCCCCACCGUUUUCGAUACUUGACACGUGUUUUGAGGGGGGUGUGCGAGGAAAGCACGUGCCGGAGGUUCGGCUUAUAUUUGAAGGCGGCUCGGAGCUGAGGUUGGCGGCUCAAAAUACAGUGAUUGAGGUGGAUGGCGGCGUCACGUGCCUAGCGUUCGCUGAAAGCACGAGCCUGGCUAUAAUCGGAAACCUCCAGCAACAGACGUAUAAGGUCGUGUAUGACAUUUCCAGCUCGAAAAUCGGGUUUGCUGCUGGUGGGUGUGGUUGAUUGCAAUUGGACCCGUUUGGAUGGCAUGUUCUUCUUUGAUUUUUACAAGCUUGUAUUAAGUAAAGAAAAAAAUAAAUAAGGGGUUUG